AUGGAUGACGAUGAUGUUCAAAUUGGUAUUCAAGAAGUGCCUCCUAUUCGAACUAUUGAUACAAAUUUUGAUAUUCCUAAUAUUCGAAAAAUAAAAUUUCCUGAUGGCUCAUUAAUCAGCUGUGAACAUGCAAUUAGAAUCGAUAAUAAUAACAGAACGCAAUCAGAAGUAUUGGAUACAUUACUCAGUGGUGCUUUACAAACUCGUGGACAUUCAUUAAUGGAAGAUCAAUUCUUUAAUUUAAAUGACAUAGAAUUGGAAGCAAUGAGCAAAAAAUAUAAAAUAGCAUUCCAACGAUGUACUAUUGAAUUAGACUCUACCACUGAUAACUAUGUAUUUAGCGCUGUAUAUCACUAUCAAACGCUUCCUGUAGUUUAUGUAAUUGAUUAUGGAAGAGAAGUUAUUGCUCUUUGUAUUUCAUCUAAUUCAUAUUUAUAUAAUCUUUAUCGAGAACUGAAUAACAAUCGGAAUAACACAGCUAUACUGCAUUUUAAACUAGCGUGCUAUUAUGAGCAAAGAGCAGAAGAAAAUGAUUACAACUUAGCUUUAUGGCAAAAUGCUUGUUAUCAUUAUGCCCAAGUUCUUAAUUAUAAGAGAAAUACUGGAUUGAUAUAUUCGGCUACAAUAGGUAACUGUAAAUGUCUUGUACAAUUAGGUAAAUAUGGUUGUGCCAGAAAAAAAUUAGCGAAAUUAUAUCAUUUAUAUGGUUCCGCACAACACUGGCUUCUGUUAGCCAAAAUACAACGAAGAACAGGGCAGAAUGAUAAAGCAAUAGAAACUAUAAAAAAAUGUUUUAUAUAUGAAGAUAACGAUAGGAAAGUCUUAAUGGAACAAAAAUUAAUUAAACAGAAAGAUACAAGAGAGCAAACACUAAGCAACAAUGCAUUAAAUGAUCGAGAAGGUCUAACACGAAAAACAUAUAAUGAAUUAGUAUACAAUAUUUUAUCAAUUGAUGGAGGUGGCUUUAGAGGACUUAUACCAGCUAUCUGGCUAGCAGCUAUUGAACGAAAAACAAAACAUCAUUGCUCGUCUAUGUUUCAAAUGUUGGCUGGUACAUCAACAGGUGCUAUUAUUGCUUGUGGUCUUUCGAUGCCUUCUGCAUUAAAAAUCGAAGAGACCCAUUAUAGAGCAACCGAUAUUGUUGAGCUAUAUAAGAACCACGCAAACGAAAUUUUUAUCCCUGCAACACGUCGUCGGUUGCUUUAUCGAUGGUGUACGCAAUCAUCACGUUAUUCAAGAAGUGGUCGUGAAAAUCUUUUCAAUCGGUAUUUCAAAGGUGUUUUAUUAAGUAAUUGUAUAACGGACAUCGUUGUACCAGCUGUAGUAGCGGAUCGUACUCGUACUCAACUUUUCACACGCUAUGAUGCACGACUAGGAAAUAUUCGACCUCCUUAUCUAGUAGAUGUUCUGAUGAGUACUACGGCUGCUCCGACUUAUUUUCGCCCACAUGCAUAUGAUUACUCGGCUUAUAUUGACGGUGGUGUUCAGAUGAAUAAUCCAACCAUGGCUGCUUAUUCAGAAGCUUUACGUUACGGUUAUCACAAUAAAAAUAUAUUCGUAUUAUCCUUAGGUACUGGUGAUUACAUUCAUAAUCCAUUACAGUGGCCAACUGCAAAUCGUAACUGCUAUUUUUGGCUACGUAAUAGAAAAAUUAUUCUAAAAAAUCUUUUUGAUAUUGCACAAAAUAAUAUAGAUUAUCAAAUGAGUAUGAUCUUGAAUGAAAAUAAUUAUCAUCGUUGGCAAAUAUGGUUUGAAGAUGAAAUAUUACUAGAUGAUUAUGGUCCUGAAACUAUAGAAAUUUUAGAAGAUUAUGCAUAUACAUUUUUAGAGGAAUUAGAAGGCCGUGAUGAUAAUAAACGAUUGGGCGUUGUAUUAGACCGAUUGGAUUAG